AAAUCACUCACAGGUUGCUUGCACAAUUUGCAGUGACAGACAGUGUCACUCUAGGAAAACUCUAGGAAUCUGAGGCAGUUAGUUAAUCAUAGUGUGGUCUGUGUGGAGGAGCAGAUCAGUGUUAGAGAGCCUCCUGCUGUGUUGGAUCUUUCUCUCAUAACCAUUAUCAACAUCAUCAUCAUCACCAUGGUCGUAAGUGUUGCUCUGAUCUGGGCAGUGCUGGUGGGAUUCUGCUGCGUUCUAUGGCUCGCUGUGGGGACACGACGCAGGCAGCCUGGCGAGCCUGAAGUUGAAAAUGGCUUCAUCCCCUAUCUGGGUUGCGCUCUGCAGUUUGGGGCUAACCCUCUCCAGUUCCUGCGCAGUCGUCAGAAGAAGUACGGCCAUAUCUUCACCUGCAAGAUCGCAGGCCAGUACAUCCACUUCCUGUGUGACCCCUUCUCUUACCACUCAGUCAUCAGACAGGGCAGACACCUGGACUGGAGGAAGUUCCACUUUGCUACAUCUGUUAAGGCGUUCGGCCAUGAUAGCUUUGAUCCUCGACAUGGCCACACCACAGAAAACCUCCACCAGACCUUUCUGAAGACCCUGCAGGGCGAAGCACUGCCCUCCCUGAUAGAGAGCAUGAUGGGGCACCUCCAGGAUGUUAUGCUGAGGUCGGACACUCUCAGCCCCAGCAAGGACCGCUGGGAAGUGGAUGGCAUCUUUGCUUUCUGCUACAAGGUGAUGUUUGAGUCUGGCUACCUGACUCUGUUUGGUAAGGAGUUUGGCGAAGAUAAGUCUCAGGCUCGGCAGGCGGCUCAGAAAGCCUUGGUGCUCAAUGCUUUAGAGAACUUUAAGGAGUUUGAUAAGAUCUUCCCAGCGUUGGUGGCUGGCCUUCCCAUCCAUGUCUUCAAGAGCGCCUACAGUGCAAGAGAGAACCUGGCAAAGACCAUGAAUCCUGAAGACCUGUCCAAGAGGGAGAAUGUGUCUGAUCUGAUCUCUAUGAGGAUCAUUCUGAACGAUUCCUUAUCUACCUUCAAUGACUUGAGCAAGGCCAGGACCCACGUGGCACUGCUCUGGGCUUCACAGGCUAACACCCUGCCGGCUACCUUCUGGAGUCUUUUUUAUAUGAUCAGGAGUCCAGAUGCUCUAAAAGCAGCUCGUGAGGAGGUGCAGAAAAUUCUGGAGGAUGCGGGUAUGACGGUUGACCCCAGUGACCCCUCACUAAACAUGACCAGAGAUCAGCUGGACAACAUGCCUGUUUUGGACAGUAUCAUAAAUGAAGCCAUGCGUCUUUCCAGCGCUUCCAUGAACGUGCGUGUUGCCAAGGAGGACUUUUUGCUUCACCUUGAUAACCAGGAAGCUUAUCGUAUAAGGAAGGAUGAUGUCAUUGCCCUGUAUCCACCCAUGCUGCACUAUGAUCCAGAGAUCUAUGACGACCCAUAUGAGUAUAAGUAUGACCGGUUCCUAGAUGACAAGGGUCAGGAGAAAACUGUCUUCUACCGCGGUGGCCGGCGGCUGCGUUACUUCUGCAUGCCCUUUGGCUCUGGGGUCACCAAAUGUCCUGGCAGGUUUUUCGCCAUCUAUGAGAUCAAGCAGUUCCUGAGUCUUGUGCUGUCGUACUUCGACAUGGAACUUCUGGACCCUGCCACCAAAGUUCCACUUCUUGAUCAGUCCCGUGCUGGCCUGGGAAUCCUCCAGCCUACAUAUGAUGUGGAUUUCAGGUACAAGCUGAAAUCGGACCACUAGGUUCUCUGUUUGCCCUGCAGAGUGACUGCUGUACAUAUUGUACAUAGUGUAUAUUUAACAAUGUUCAUGUCCAGGCCUUGUUGUAUAUGUAAAUAGACUGAACUGUAUAUUUUUCAUUGCGUAUUCUUUAAUUUGCUGCUUAAGAACAUGUAUUAUGCACAUAUGGUUGACAUAUGUCUGCAAUGUAUUUCUUAAUAUUGUUGUGUUGAACACUUCUGUCUCUGUUGGACCAGUCUACAACAUUUCAGAGUAAAAGUACAGAGUAGCAUCUUCAGUUCCUCUGGAAAGACAGCCCUAAAGCCAUAUACAUUUAUUUAUUUAACAUAAUUGGCUUCUUUACAAAAAAUCUUGUAGUUACAUUAUGCCCAACUGUUUUUCAGUAAAAGAGUUUAAGCUAGUUUCUUUAUAUAAAUACAUAUAUUUCUUAGAACUUUUUUAAAAUAAAAGCAGUCGGGGCUGAACUCAGCCUUCAGGAAUACUGAGAUCAUUAGUCCACCCUUCUAUUUUCUGUCUCUGUAUUUCUUAGACAGCAUAAAGACAAACCAGUGAACACAUGAUCUCAUCCAUUAUGCUCUUUGACCACUUUUUUUACUUAGUCAUUUCACGUCAUUCAUUUGUAAGCUAUAAAUGCUGAGGUAAGCAUGACUAAACUCUUUUUUAUGAAUCGGUCGAUUAAAUGACUGCAAUCGAUAUCAUUUGAAUUCACCUUGUAGCAGUGAACCUUGGAGUUUGCUCACUCUGGCUGCCUCCCUUUGAAACAGUGUUGUCGGUUAACUUUUAAACGUCUCAGUGUAGACGUGUCUGAUUGUUGGCCGGUGGUGACCUUUCUAUCAGUGUACAUCUACCCUCUCAGUAUCAUUAUUGCAAAGCAAGCUGCUUCACAAUGAGAUAUGUUGUGGCUGGUUUAAUGGUGUGAAGUGCAUACGCUUACUGCAGGAUAAUGCACACAGAGGUACAAACUUUUAAAAAAAUGAAGGAAUGCUUUUUUGCACAUGUCUGUAUGAUAUUUCUGUUGCAGCAGGAUAGCUAUACUCUAAUGAAGCUAUUUGAAAAGAGGACUGUUAGCUCUCUUGGCUCUCAUACUGUGAAUUGCAUAAUAAUCACACACAGCAAAUGGAUAUUGACAUUCACUUUAAGAACUUGUCAGCUUCAGUCAUAAUUUAAAAUGUUCUGAAGUGGAAGUUCAUCCUGUUAUUGGUGUCAGUGAUUUCAUGUAAAAACACAACUCCAUAUCAAUACUGACAUGUCUUCAGCUUCAACGUGACUGUGAUUACUACAGUGGUUUGACUGGUUCUGUAAGUGGAGGAAAUGUGGUUCCCUGAAAAUCUGACGUUAAUGCCAAAUGCAAGUGUGACCCACGUGCAAGUGUUGACAUGUACAUGCUGUGCAAACAGAUAAUAAAUCAUUACAUUUGUA